AUGAAACCAUUAACAAUUUUUCUAAUAGGCUUCCUUUAUGCUGCUUGUACCUCAAGUGAUCUUAUACGCAAGACACGUAAUGUGCCACAGAUAUAUUAUACACAACAGGGGCCACCGGGUCCUCCAGGACCGCCGGGUCUACCUGGAGCUAUGGGUAAUAAAGGACCUCGUGGCCCCACCGGAGAUAUAGGACCUGUCGGUUCUAUGGGUCCUCAAGGUGUUCCAGGUCCUGAUGGCCGAGAUGGAGCUCCUGGCAUGCAGGGUCCGCAUGGCUUAAGAGGUCGUAGAGGUUUUCCUGGAGCUAGAGGACCGCCUGGUCAACCGGGACCUCCAGGUUUUAUGGGUCCACCUGGUCCUCCAGGAGCGCCUGGUACUUCGGCCAGACAUAUGCUGUCAUAUAUUGAGGCUAUGGAUGAAUAUGAAGAUGAAUUGUAG